GUUCGCACUUCGUUCCGUUCGCUCGUACCGUUCGCUUCGCAGCGGCGGAAACUCCGUACUUUCGAUAGCUGGUAUCUCACAGAUACUUUUCGAGACCCCGAAGACGAGAACUCGCAUCGCAUAUUCGCCCGAGAAAACUCUCAGUAAAUGAUAAUUAAACCGAAAUAUAACUAAACGAAUUUUUUUUUGGUGCAAACGUAAGCCAAAAAAUUUCAUUUUGGUGUGGAUUACCAGUGGAAAAGUGAGUGCUUAAAAUGGAAUAAACAAGGCUAUCAUAAAAACAAAGCCCGACAAACCAAACAAGCGUAAAAUUGUCACCCAACGAUUAUGGAUUAGUGCCAGUGGCCGGUCAGAUUCAGUUAAAGAUAUAUGCAUAUAAGAGGACUAAGGAGCCGAAAUUGAUUAAACAAACAAUCUCAAGGCCCAAAGGCAAGGAGUAGAAAGAAAGGAGGAAAACAAGAAAAGUGAGAAAGUGACACCCAAGACUUGAGUUCUGCCAUUGAAAAGGCGUUGAAGCACCAUGUUGCACACGAUGCAGCUGCUCCUGCUGGCCACUAUUGUGGGCAUGGUCAGGAGCUCGCCGUACACGAGCUACCAGAACCAGCGGUUCGCCAUGGAGCCGCAGGAUCAGACGGCGGUGGUUGGGGCCAGGGUAACGCUGCCCUGCCGGGUGAUCAACAAACAGGGCACGCUCCAAUGGACCAAGGACGACUUCGGACUGGGCACGUCCCGGGAUCUGAGUGGAUUCGAGCGCUACGCGAUGGUGGGCAGUGACGAGGAGGGCGACUACUCCCUGGACAUUUACCCAGUGAUGCUGGACGACGAUGCUCGUUACCAGUGCCAAGUGAGCCCAGGUCCCGAGGGCCAACCAGCCAUCAGGUCCACAUUCGCCGGAUUGACGGUGCUCGUCCCGCCCGAGGCGCCCAAAAUCACGCAGGGCGACGUCAUCUAUGCCACCGAGGAUCGCAAGGUGGAGAUCGAGUGCGUUUCGGUUGGCGGAAAGCCGGCUGCUGAGAUUACCUGGAUUGAUGGCCUGGGCAAUGUCCUUACGGAUAACAUUGAGUACACGGUGAUACCGCUGCCCGAUCAGCGACGCUUUACGGCCAAGUCCGUCCUGCGACUGACCCCCAAAAAGGAGCACCACAACACGAACUUCAGCUGCCAGGCGCAGAACACGGCGGACCGCACCUAUCGCUCGGCGAAAAUACGUGUCGAGGUGAAAUAUGCGCCCAAGGUGAAGGUGAAUGUGAUGGGCUCGCUUCCCGGCGGUGCAGUUGGUUCGAUUGGUGGUGCAGGCGGUGGCAGUGUCCACAUGAGCACCGGUUCCCGCAUUGUGGAGCACUCGCAGGUGCGCUUGGAGUGCCGGGCAGAUGCGAAUCCCAGCGAUGUCCGGUACCGCUGGUUCAUAAACGACGAACCGAUCAUCGGCGGCCAGAAGACAGAGAUGGUGAUACGCAAUGUGACUCGCAAGUUCCACGACGCGAUUGUCAAGUGCGAGGUGCAGAAUUCCGUGGGCAAGAGUGAGGACAGCGAAACCCUUGACAUCAGCUAUGCUCCCAGUUUCCGACAACGACCGCAGUCGAUGGAGGCGGACGUGGGCAGCGUGGUGUCCCUAACCUGCGAGGUGGACAGCAAUCCGCAGCCGGAGAUCGUCUGGAUCCAGCAUCCCAGCGACCGGGUGGUGGGCACCAGCACGAAUCUCACGUUCAGCGUGAGCAAUGAGACGGCUGGAAGGUACUACUGCAAGGCCAAUGUGCCCGGGUACGCCGAGAUUUCGGCAGAUGCCUAUGUCUAUCUGAAGGGCUCGCCGGCGAUUGGGUCGCAGAGGACACAGUACGGAUUGGUGGGAGAUACGGCCCGGAUCGAGUGCUUCGCCAGCAGUGUUCCUCGAGCCCGUCACGUCUCGUGGACGUUCAACGGCCAGGAGAUCAGCUCGGAAUCGGGACACGACUAUUCGAUCCUGGUGGAUGCCGUGCCGGGGGGCGUGAAGAGCACGCUCAUCAUUAGGGACAGCCAGGCCUACCACUACGGCAAGUACAACUGCACGGUGGUCAACGAUUACGGCAACGACGUGGCCGAGAUUCAGCUGCAAGCCAAGAAGAGCGUUUCCCUGCUGAUGACAAUUGUGGGCGGCAUUUCGGUGGUGGCCUUCCUGCUGGUGCUGACCAUUCUGGUGGUGGUCUACAUCAAGUGUAAGAAGCGCACCAAGCUGCCGCCGGCGGACGUGAUAAGCGAGCAUCAGAUCACGAAGAAUGGCGGCGUUAGCUGCAAACUGGAGCCAGGCGACCGCACCUCGAACUACAGCGAUCUGAAGGUGGACAUUUCGGGCGGCUAUGUGCCAUACGGCGACUACAGUACGCACUACAGUCCGCCCCCGCAAUACCUGACCACCUGCUCGACGAAGUCCAAUGGCAGCUCGACCAUUCUGCAGAACAACCACCAGAACCAGUUGCAACUACAGCAGCAGCAGCAACAGAGCCACCACCAGCACCACCCACAGACGACGACCCUGCCGAUGACCUUCCUGACCAACAGCAGCGGUGGCAGCUUGACUGGCAGUAUUAUUGGAUCCCGUGAAAUUCGCCAGGACAACGGGCUGCCCAGUCUGCAGUCGACCACCGCCUCGGUGGUUAGCUCAUCGCCGAAUGGCAGCUGCAGCAACCAGAGCACCACUGCCGCCACCACCACCACCACCCACGUGGUGGUGCCCAGCUCGAUGGCCCUGAGUGUGGAUCCCCGCUACAGCGCCAUCUAUGGCAAUCCCUAUCUGAGGUCCUCCAACUCGUCGCUGCUGCCGCCACCCACUGCCGUUUAGGGUGGACCAGCACCGUCCACCACCACCACAACCACCACCACUGCCAACAACAACGAUGACCCACUGAGCCACGCUAAGACUGAUCUCACAAGGAACCGAGGCCCCGGCGGCUGCUUUAGGGGGGUAUCACUGUUCGUGGUGGUGCGUUUUUUCAGCUACCAAAAAUUCGAAUUGCUUAGGUUUAGGCACUUAGCUCACAUACAUCCGAUUAUAUAGACAUAAUCGUAAGCUGAUCUUUAGCAUCAUCAUUUCUAUAGUCCUUAGGUCUAGGGUAUUUUAUUUUUUUUGUCGUUUUUGUGUUCUUAGCUUAAGGAUCUUACAGUAGGCUAAUCCCCAGUUCGAUCUAGAGAGAGACUAAGCUUCAAAGAAUGAGUGUUAAGCAUUUACAGAACAAAAAACAAAAAACAAAUCUUAGGAAGAUUAGAAAGUUUUACUGCUUGUUGAGAAAACGCCUUAAUGUACUAGUUAACUGAUUGGGGAUUUAACCUCCAGUUACAAAAAUAAAAUUGGUUUUCUUGGGGGCGGGGAUAUGCGAGUGCCGUUUUGAACAUGUUCUCAGAUUUCAUAUAAUGUUUCAAAUAUUAUUUUCCUUUCAAAUAAGAUUUCCCUUCAACCAAAUAUGUAAUUUUCGUGUGUCUUAUACACAAAACUUAAUUCACUUCUAUUUUUCAAAAAUUUUAUUGCUAUUUUUUUGUACAGCCCAGUGUACAUGAGAUUUUAGAACUAUUUUGUAACGCGCAAGUCUCCCAGAGAUUUUGAAAUCCCGCGAAUAUUCUGUCGUCAAAAACAGCUGCCCCUAUUUGAUCCGCAAAAAAUAUAUAGAAAGGUAAUUGAAAGAAUUCAAUUUUAUGUAUACACAGAUAUAGUAUAUGCUAAAUGUUAAUGAAAUAUAUACAAGCAUGAAGACAUUCAGUUGAAUGGAUAGCGAGUAAGCGAACGAAAUGCCAAAGUACCUGAUAGUAUUUAAGUAGGGGGUGCGAAAGCCUUUGGAUCCGUACCGCCCCCAUCAACUUCUUCUGAAUUAUGUAGCAUUAUCUUUUCUCGCCGAAAUUCCAAGCUAUGACUUGGAAUUCGAUAGUGCGUUUUACGGUUAAAUAAAUAUAGAAGCUAGAUCUUGACAGUCGCCUUAACUUAUGACACGCCCAUACAUCUCAAAACGCCCAUGCAAAUAUAGGAAGGAAAACAAAAAUGAGAGCGUAAACGUAUUCAAUUCGUCAGUUCAAUUGUGCUAAGUGUACUUCUAAGUGUAUAACGGUCUAAUUAUCCUAGUUGUAGCCUAACUAAUGAUAGACACGCAUAUUUAAAGUAUAGACCUAGCCCUAGAUAUACAUACAUGCAUUUUUUUUCAUAGGCCUAAGCAUUAUAUUUUGAUAAGCCAGCGUAUUUCGUCUAAGGAGCCCCGGAACAGUAAACAUUACUAUUUCAUUUUGCUAUAUUUAUUAGCUGUGGGCAUUUUAUUAGUGUCGCCAAUUAAGCGCGAAACGAACAAAUGUUUUUUGUUUACAAAAUGCAAAUGAUAAAAGCAAAUAAGCAGCAUGAAACACACACACAAAGUUAAACACGAAAACAAACAAAAAAA